ACACUGUAUCUAGCUAAUCUGGUGGGGAGGUGGAGAACCUUUGUGUCUAGCUCAGGGAUUGUAAACGCACCAAUCAGCACCCUGUCAAAACAGGCCACUUGGCUCUACCAAUCAGCAGGACGUAGGUGGGGCCAGAAAAGAGAAUAAAACCAGGCUGCCCCAGCCAGCAGUGGCAACCCGCUGGGGUCCUCUUCCACACUGUGGAAGAUUUGUUCUUUCAUUCUUUGCAAUAAAUCUUACUGCUGCUCACUCUUUGGGUCCACACUGCUUUUAUGAGCUGUAACACUCACCGCGAAAGUCUGCAGCUUCACUCCUGAGCCAGGGAGACCACUAGCCCACCAGGAGGAACAAACAACUGCAGACGCGCCGCCUUAAGAGCUGUAAAACUCACUGCGAAGGUCUGCAGCUUCACUCCUGAGCCAGCGAGACCAUGAACCCACCAGAAGGAAGAAACUCCGAACACGUCCGAACAUCAGAAGGAACAAACUCCAGACGCGCCACCUUAAGAGCUGUAACACUCACCGCGAGGGCCCGCGGCUUCAUUCUUGAAGUCAGCGAGACCAAGAACCCACCAAUUCUGGAGACACUUUUAAGAGUUUAGGAUUCUACAUUAAUCUGUUCAGUCUAUCUAUAUUAUUUCAGGUGUCUAUUACAUGCCUGGCAACCUCUUCCCUAGGAGUGAGUCAUCUGCCUUCUAACACUCAAAACAGGAUUCUUUUAAGUCAUACUCAUUUAUAAUAAAUGGAAACAUUAGUUUCCAUUUCUAACCCACUUUUCACUAACUUAACUGAACAAAAUAUCCUUGAUACCAACCUUUUUUCUUUUGUCAGGCAAUAUAUUAUUCAGAGACCUGGUGAAUGGUGAGUUGCAAAUUAUUUUUAAAUAGCUUACAUUAAUCUCUUCUAACUUGGAAACAUUUUAAAAUUCUACAUUAAUUGGCUAAUUUAGCAGCAUUAAUAAAAUUUCAGAUGAAUCACAGAUUACAGAUUUUUUAAGCUGAAAGGGUGAUUACUUAUGGAAACUAGAUUCCAUCAUUUCCUGGGAUGCUCCUAUGUCUUUAAAUUAAAAGCAAAACUUAUUUAAGUGGGUGAACCUGGGAAAAUAAAAUAAAAUAGUCCAAUUCUGGAAACAAUAAAAAAGGCCAACACCACUAAGAACACAGAGAAUGUAUCUGAACUUUUUUGCAUUUAAUCAAAGAAAAAGAGCAAUGAGAUAUAAUGACUUAGAGAAAGAAGAAAACAACUAGGGAAAUUUACAGGAGUUUGACAGUUAUCUCUCUGCCUCUCCAACCUCAGCUUUAGUUUAAAAUAAGUAUGGAGUCAGUAUAUAAUACAUGCCAAAUGAAUAACUAGACAUUCACUGUCCAAUAUGGUAGCCACUAAACACAUGUUAUUAUCAAGCAUUUGAAAUGUAGCUAGUUCAAUUUGAAGACUUAGUAAUAAAAGGUAAAAUAUUUCAUUUAAUAGUUUUAUAUCCACAUUGAUUACACAUUGAAAUGAUAAUAUAUUUUCAUGCCUAAUUAAAGAAAAUAUAUUUAAAUUAAUUUCAUCUGUUUCUUUUUACUUUCUAAAUGUGGCUAUUGGAAUAUUUAAAAUUAUGCCCAUGCCUUGCAUUGUAUUUCUCCUGGAUAAAGUUAGAAAAGACAGUAAGUUCUACAAAGUAUAAAGGACAAGAAGAUACCACGAUAAAAUGAAAAAGGCUUCAUGAAGACAUCAAGACUUAAAGGAAGGAAAGGAUUCAAAAGAGGAGAGGAAAGUGCAUUUUCAUGCUAGAAAAGCCAUAUUAUACAAAUAUAAAAAAUAGGGAUCUCUCAGGCUCACCAGAUGAGGGGAUGCUGUGAAAGAAAGUAAUCUUCCUCAUGUGAUGUCAGAGAGUAUAGAGCCAGAACAAGUCACAAUCCUGAAGACACGUCUGACCCCACACAUCUACAAAGCCAGCAGAAAUCAGGCAGACUAACUUCUACAAUAAGGCAGAAAGUUUGAAAUUUGCAACACACGGAAAGGACUUGCAUUUCUACUCCUUCCAAGAAGAGCAGCAAAGCUGAAGUGGCAGCAGCAGCAGCAGCAGUAGCAGCAACUGCAGCAGCAGCAGCAAAAAACAAACAUGAGUGUGAAGGGCAUGGCUCUAGCCUUGGCUAUGAUAUUGUGUGCUACAGUUGUUCAAGGCUUCCCCAUGUUCAAAAGAGGACGCUGUCUUUGCAUAGGCCCUGGAGUAAAAGCAGUGAAAGUGGCAGAUAUUGAGAAAGCCUCCGUAAUUUACCCAAGUAACAACUGUGACAAAAUAGAACUUAUUAUUACCCUGAAAGAAAAUAAAGGACAACGAUGCCUAAAUCCCAAAUCUAAGCAAGCAAGGCUUAUAAUCAAAAAAGUUGAAAGAAAGAAUAUUUAAAAAUAUCAAAACAUAUGAAGUCCUGGAAAAGGCAUUUGAAAAACCUAGAACAAGUUUAACUGUGACUACUGAAAUGACAAGAAUUCUACAGUAGGAAACUGAGACUUUUCUAUAGUUUUGUGACUUUCAACUUUUGUACAGUUAUGUGAAGGAUGAAAGGUGGGUGAAAGGACCAAAAACAGAAACACAGUCUUCCUGAAUGAACGACAAUUCACUGCCCAAAGGAGUCCAACUGCCCAAAGGAGUCCAACAAUUAAAUGGAUUUCUAGGAAAAGCCACCUUAAGAAAGGCUGGUUACCAUCGGAGUUUACAAAGUGCUUUCACAUUCUUACUUGUUGUAUUAUACAUUCAUGCAUUUCUAGGCUAGAGAACCUUCUAGAUUUGAUGCUUAUAACUAUUCUGUUGUGACUAUGAGAACAUUUCUGUCUCUAGAAGUCAUCCGUCUGUAUUGAUCUUUAUGCUAUAUUACUACCUGUGGUUACAGUGGAGACAUUGACAUUAUUACUGGAGUCAAGCUCUUAUGAGUCAAAAGCAUCUAUGUGUAGUAAAACAUUCCUCAAAUAUUUUUUCAUGCAAAUACACAUUUCUUUCCCCAAAUAUCAUGUAGCACAUCAAUAUGUAGGGAAACAUUCUUAUGCAUCAUUUGGUUUGUUUUAUAACCAAUUCAUGAAAUGUAAUUCAUAAAAUGUACUAUGAAAAAAAUUAUACACUAUGGGAUACUGGCAAAAGUGCACAUAUUUCAUAACCAAAUUAGUAGCACUGGUCUUAAUUUGAUGUUUUUCAACUUUUUUUCAUUGAGAUGUUUUCAAGCAAUUAGGAUAUGUAUGUUUACUGUACUUUUUGUUUUUAUCCGUUUGUAUAAAUGAUAGCAAUAUCUUGGACACAUUUGAAAUAUAAAAUGUUUUUGUCUACCAAAGAAAAAUGUUGAAAAAUAAGCAAAUGUAUAUCCAGCAAUCACCUUUACUUUUUGUAAUUCUGUCUCUUAGAAAAAUACAUAAUCUAAUCAAUUUCUUUGUUCAUGCCUAUAUACUAUAAAAUUUAGGUAUACUCAA